CCUCCCAGGAUGCACUGGCAGGCAGCUGAUAUGGGAUGAGGAUAUCCCAGGCAGCAGCUUAAUUGCUGUCCCUAAGAAGAUUUUGGCCCCGUGUCUCCCAGACCUUGGCCAUGCUCUGCUCCUGGUUUGAGCGGUCAGGCCCAUCUGACUCCUUGUUCACAGGUGUUCCUCCGCCAUCUUCCAGAGGACUUCGCUGCUGCAGUGAAGGAGUACAAUGCCAGGAUUCGGAAGAGCUUUGGUUCCUUCCUCCUGACCGUUUCUAAGCUGGCUGAUGGGAGCCAGGAAUACCGACUCCCUCUUUCAGAAAUAGACUUUUCGGGUAAAGAGCGUGAAGACUCUGAGCUGGUGUCUCAUCUGAUGCCCGGGACUGAGAGCAGAUCUGCUGUCUCCCCAUUUGCUUGCCUGUCCAAUAUCACGGAUCAGGAUUUGUUUGGUGUUCACAUGACAAAUGAUGCUAUCUUACGAACACUCAGUGUGGAUGUCAGCAAUGUUCCUCUCCUUUGCUUGUACAAACGGGAUCAAAGUGGCCGGAAGUAUUUUUUGAAUGCCUAUGCACUGGACUUCUACAAGCAUGGUUCCUUGUUCUCACUGGCUUCAGACAACUGGUUGAACAUGGGCGAUGCUUUUCACUUAAUCAGAGACUUCAUACUGACCAUUCAGUCCAUCAGAAUUUCACUAAGUGAGCUGUGCGGUGAUGAGGAUGACAAUGUUGUGUUAGCGUUUCAACAACUGAGUGAUGCCUUCAGUAAGAAACUUUGGAAACGAAGAUGACGCUGUCUGUGUUAAACCGGGCCCUAGGACCUUCCUGGAAGAUGAAGACGGCUAAGAGCUCCCUGCGCCUCAGCGCUUCAGGAAAGAGGCUUGCAAAUGGCUGUGCAGGAACCACCCUUUCCCAUAAGACUCUGAUAAGACACCCAGCAUUCCCUCGCUUCCCUGUGCCAAUGCUUGAUUCUCCCUCCAAAUUCCCAUUCAUGUCUCCCAAAAAAGCCAGCUGAUGUGUUUUCUUCCCUAAGCAAUCUGGACGUAGUAGCAGUUACCUUGACCUGCUCCUGCUUGACCUUGACCUGCUCCAACUUUACUCAGGAUUCUUCCCUCCUCACAGGGGUCCUGAACGUGGCCCACCCUCAGACUAAGCCCCGCUGAGUGGCCUCUCCUUAAACAGCUCCCCAGUGACAUCUCAGAUGAUUGUCCCCAAGCGGCUGUGCUUGCACACAUCAACGGUGACUGGCAGUGUCAGCCCAGGAUGUUCCCGGAGCCACUGUUCACCUCACUCUCCCACAGCUGAUGCUAGAAGUAAAAUACGUUGCCUAGCUAAAGUAUAGGUUGUGUAAUUAUUGAAAGACAUCAUAGCAAAGAAACCCUUUUUUUAAAUACCUGAAUUCUCAACAGAAACUAACAUUUUCCUUCUAUGAGCAUUUUAGCAUGCAAAAGUAAUAUAUGCUAAAUAGCUCAAACAGUUGCUAUUUUCAAAUUAUUUUAAUUGUACUUACUUGUGGGCUGCAGUGUGAUAAUUUGAUAGAUGUAUGCAAUGACUAUUUUGGCCUUGAAAUGUUCAGAUCAUGAGAAUUUAAAACUAGAAGUCAAGCUCGAUUUAAAAUUAUGUGAUAACAGCCCUUAGAAGGGAGUUGGAAUCUUGACAUUGACUUCAGAAGUCUAAUUAUUGCUGAGAGUUCAUGUUGUCCCCAAGUCCUGUAAUGUGAGUGCUCCAUUUCAUUCCUCCUAUCAGACACUUAGGCUCUGGGUACGUUCCCCCAUCCCCCCCGAGACCAGCAGGAGCAAGCACACAGGGACUAGACCAUAUGCUGUUGAAAAAGUCCCAUGUGGGAUAAGCACAGUAGAACCCUCACCAGGCCAUCCGGCUGGAUCGCCUUGCUCAGCCUCACCCACCACCGCUCCUGACCACCCUGGUGUGUUGUCUGCUCUGGCUGAGCCCGGGAGUCUUCUGAGCUAAACUCACCUGUCCCUGCCUCUGCUUUCCUUCGUGGCUGGAUUGUGGCAUCAGUUUGUGUUCUCUCCCAAAUCUGAGCUGAGUGUGUUGCUGACCUGCUGAAUUGUGGGAGACAGAGGGAAUCGGGCUUUACUGAUGGCACAAAGCAUUUGAGAGUCUUUGAUGCCGAUCUGAAGAAGUGAAGACAAAAACGUGGAGCGAUGGAUUUCCUCACAUUGCUUGGGCAACUGAUUGGCAUUACGCUUGGUUGUUAAGAUGCCUGGCGUUGUGGCAUAGCAGGUGAAGCUGCUGCCUGCAGUGCCAGCACCCCAUAUGGAUGCUGGUUCAAGUCCUGGCUGCUCCACUUCCAAUCCAGCUCUCUGCUAUGGCCUGGGAAAGCCGUAGAAGAUAGCUCAGGUCCUUGGAUGCCUGUACCUGCGUGGGAAACCUGGAAGAAAAUCCUGGCUCCUGGCUUCGGAUCAGCACAGCUCUGGCCAUUGUGGCCAAUUGGGGAGUGAACAGCAGAUGGAAGACCUCUCUCUCUCUCUUUGCCUCUCCUCUCUCUGUGUAACUCUGACUUCCAAAUAAAUAAAUACAUCUUUGAAAAAAAGCCUGUGUCCCACCUAGUAGUGCUUUUGUUCAGUGCCUGGCUCUGGCUCCUGAUUCCAGCUUCCUGCUAAUGUGGACCCCUGGUGGUGGGGGUGUGGGUGGUUGGUGAUUGCUUAGGUAGUUAGAUCUCUGCCAUUCACAUGGAGAACCAACUUUGGUUCCUGUCUCUUGGUUUUUGUCACAGAUGGGAGGUCUCAGCCUGUCAGUUUCUCUGCUUCUCAAAAUAAAAAUUAGCAGGAGAUAAGUUGCCUUUAACAGAGUGUUGUCAAAUAUGCAUAUCUUAUUAGGACAUCCAAGUCUCUUGUGAACUUGAUAUGCAUAUGUCUGGCUGCAUUUUGCUGCU